AUGUGUCAACAUCCGCUCUUAUCGCUGCUGCUUCCGCAGCCCCUCCAGCGCACCCUCCAGCGCACCCAGUCCCGGCGCACCCUCCUCCAGCGCACCCUCUCCCUCCUUGCAAGCCUGGACACGCCUGGCCUGAUCACCACGACUGCCACAGCUUCUUCGAGUGUGCCGCCGGGGGCGAGCCUGUUCGGAAAACAUGCGGCCCCGGGGCUGCAUACUGCUGGCAAGUUGGGGUUUGUGUCCCUGAGGAAAAAGUGCCAAGUUGCCCUAAUGCAGGGCCUGCAGCCCUCCCUGGAGGCCAUCGCCAACCUGGACCCAAGGGCCACCACUGAAGAUGGCAGGGAAGAUGAUUUUGCAGUAAUUUGUGAUCCAUGA